AUGGAAAAUAGGGAUGUAACUUAUUUGGAUGAUAAUAAAAGUCUAAAUGAUAAAGAAAAUGAUGUAGAAAAAGAUAGGAAAAAUGAAAAUAAAAUAUUAUUGAAAGAUGAUAAAAAUUUAAAAAUUAUACGUUCCAAAAAAAAAGAGAAAAAAGAGAAUGAUGAAAAUGAAAAUGAAAAAAUUAUUUUAUUUGAAAAUAACGAAAUAGUAGAAUACGAUGCUAGCUAUUUCAAAAAUCAAAAUAAUAAUAUUGUAUUAAUGGAAGAAGAUUACUUAGAAGUUUUAGAACAUUUGAUAGAAAAGACAUUUUUUCCAGAUUUAUAUAAUUUGAAAAAUGAAAGGGGAAUGAUAACCAAUUAUGAAUUUAAUAAUAAAGAAUAUAAUGACAUAGAUAAUAAGAGUAAUAGUUUGUGUCCCCCUUCUCCAAAUACAUUUAUUAAUGAAGAUAACAACAGCAUUUAUGAAUUUAUGGAUAAAUAUAAAACAAAUUUGUCACAUGAUUUACAAAGUUGUAAUAAAAAUAAUAUAUUAAGUUGUAUUGAAGGAAAAAAAAAAAAAAAAAAUGAUAAAAAUUCAAAAUAUAAAUUAGUUAUCCUUCCAAAUGGUAAAAAACAUAAAAUAAAUUUAAACAUGAAAUUAAGUGAUUUUCAAAAAUUAUAUACAUCAGAAGAUAAUAAAUCUUUUGAAUAUUUAUUAAAAAAUAUGAAAAAUAAAAAUAUAGAAAAAAAUAUGUAUUCUAUAAUUAAAAGAAAUGAAUAUAAUAUGAAAAUGGAUUAUAUUGAAGAAUGUACAAAAAAGGGAAUAAAAUGUGAUAUGCUUCAUAUGAAUAAAUCAGAAAAUGAAUUAUAUCCUAUGAAAAGUUCGUAUGGCUAUAAAUCGAGUGAAAAUAUUCUGAACAGGCAAGGUAAAAAUAAAAAUAUAAUAGCUUAUAAAAAUACCAGAUUUUCGGAUGAAUAUAAUGAAGAUAUUAAAAAUCAAAUAAAUCAAUGUGAAGAAAUUAAACAAAUGAAAUUAUUAAAUAGAGAUCGUGAAAAUAAAGAAGAAGAAAUGAUUAGCAAAGGUGUUUUUAAUUUAUUACAAGAAAAAAAUGGAUAUAAAUAUGUCAAGACUCCAAUAAUAGAAGCUGGAAAAGGUUUAGAUAAGAGCCCAAUUAUUACAUGGGGGAAAAUUAUGAACACUCCAAUAUUGUUAGAAAAUGGUGGCGAAGAAGAAAAUGGCGAAGAAAAUCAAAUUGAUUAUCCAAAUUUAAAUGAAGAAUCAUCAAAUUGUGAUAUAGAUAAUUAUUUAAAAAAUGAAUUUACUUUACAAAAAUUAAAUAAUAGAGAAAUAGCUGCUGAGAAAUUACAAAAUAGUUUAAGAGAUGUAAAAUAUAAUAAUAAAGAAAUAUUAAAAAAAAAAAGAUUUAAUAUGUUAAUUAAAAAGACAUGUAAUACAAGCUCUCGUAUGUCAACCACUUCAUUUAGAAGUUAUGUUCUUUCAAGAAAAAGCCAAAAGAGAUUAAAUGAGUUAAGCCAAAAAUCAUCUUUAGCAUCACAAAUUUUACGAAAAAAAUAA